UAUGUUAUACAAUUCAUUUUCAUUAAAUAUGCAAAGAAUAUCAAGAGAAUUUAUCAAUUUUCGAUACGAAAAUAUUUCCAAAGAAGAAACUAAAGGGAAAGAAAAUUUAAAAGAUCAAAAAAUAAAUGAUAAUGAUUAUUUUGAACUGGCAAGAAUAUUUUGGUUUUUAAUUAUACCUCCAGCUAUGCUGUUGAUUUUUGUAGCCUAUAUCAACCCGGAACUAGUUAAUUCAAACUUGUUAAGUUUUAUUGGCCAAAUUGCUUAUAAAACAAGCACUGAAUACUCUCAACUUUUAUUUUUAAUAAAUAUAAUGGCUUGGAUUGCACACAUAACUGAAGCUAUUUUUGCACUAAAUUUGAGUGACUCUCUUCAUUUAACUCAUAAAGCUUCUUUUUCCUGGUUCUUGCAAACUUUAUUGUUGGGGUACCCGUCGCUAAGAAUUUUGCUGGAGAGAAGGGGAAGAAAAGAAGAAAAAUAAUUUUUUUAAUUUUUAAAAAACUACCAAUAUAUGUCAGAAAAAUAAAAAUAUAAUAGAUUUUCAUGAAAAAUAACUGCAAAUA